GGAUAAACUUUGAGCCCCUCAAAAUGUAACUGGCAAAAGAAGUGGUGGUAGUAUAUGUGAUAGACAGUACCUGCAAUUCAAAGUGAGCAAUAUGAGAGAAGUGCUGUGAUCCUUCAGAGCUCCGCCCAUUGUGUGACUCACCAGAGACAAACAAGGAAAUGCAGCUUGUUACGCCACGAGACCAUAAAAUUCACCUUCAGUCAACAUCAGACGUCCACUGACAAAGGAGAGCUUCAGGAGGGAGUGCUGGGAGUACUGGAAAAUCUGGAAUACUACCACUCACACCAGCAGCUGACUUCACAAAUGGAGUAAGAGUUUAAAAAAAAAAAUUCCCAGUUCAAAGUGAAAGUAACUGUGUGGGAGCUUUCUAGAGGAAGGAGUGGCACUAUCUCCUGUCUGCCUGCUGUGUUUUCAGCUUCACUCAGAGGAAAAUGGCUUCUAGCUCAGAGGAGGAUUUCUGCUGUCCUGCCUGCCAUGACAUCUUCAAAGAUCCUGUCCUCCUGUCAUGUAGCCACAGCUUCUGUAAAGGCUGUCUGCAGAGCUGGUGGAGAGGGAAACAAGUCCAAGAGUGUCCACUUUGUCGGACAGUAUCUCAGUGGAGUGAUCCACCUUGUAACUUGGCGUUAAAGAACCUGUGUGAGACCUUUUUACGAGAGAGAGGUCAGGGAGCCUCAGUAGGGUCUGUGGCACUCUGCCAUCUGCACUCUGAGAAACUCAAACUCUUCUGUCUGGACCAUCAGCAGCCAGUGUGUGUCGUCUGUCGAGACGCGAAAAUACACUCUGACCACAGGUUCAGACCCAUCGAGGAAGCCGCACAGGAUCACAGAGAGGAGCUCCAGAAAUCCCUGAAACCCUUACAGGACAAGUUAAAGGUUUUUAAUGACGUUAAAGUGAACUUUAAUAAAACAGCAGUACACAUCAAGGUCCAGGCCCGACACACAGAGAGGCAGAUUAAGGAAGAUUUUAAGAUGCUUCACCAGUUUCUAGAAGAGGAAGAGGAGGCCAGGAUGGCUGCUCUGAGGGAGGAAGAGAUACAGAAGAGUCAGAUGUUGGAGGAGAAGUUUGAAGCUCUGAGCAGAGAGAUAGCAGCUCUUUCAGAAACAGUGAGAGCCACAGAGAAGGAGCUGAGAGCUGAGGACGUCUCAUUCCUGCAGAACUACAAGGCUGCACUGGAAAGAGUCCAGCAGCGCCCCCUGCUGGAUGAUCCACAGCUGCUCUCAGGAGCUCUGAUAGACCAGGCCAAACACCUGGGCAAUCUAACCUUCAACAUCUGGAACAAGAUGAGGGACAUGGUCUCCUACAGUCCUGUGAUUCUGGAUCCAAACACUGCCAAUCCAGAACUCAUUCUGUCUGAAGAUCUGACCAGUGUCAGACAAGGAAAGAGACAGCAGCUUCCCGAAAACCCAGAGAGGUUUGAGUACUGGGAAUCUGUUCUGGGCUCAGGAUUUACCUCAGGGACUCACAGCUGGGAUGUUGAAGUCGGAGACAACAAAGACUGGGAACUGGGGGUGUUACCAGAGUCUAUUAGUAGGCAAGGAUUCGUGGGGUCUACAGUGUGGAGUGUAGACUUCAAUGAUGUUGGGUACAGAGCAUACUCCCCAACAAAUAAAUACACUGAUCUUCCAGUCAGAGAGAAGCUCCAGAGGAUCAGAGUUCAUCUGGACUGGGACAAAGGACAGCUGUCAUUUUCUGAUCCUGAUACCAACACUCACAUACACACCUUCACACACACUUUCACUGAGAAACUGUGCCCAUACCUUUGCUCCAAGAACGCACUCCCUCUGAAAAUAUUGCCCGUAAAGGUCUCUGUAACAGUGGAAGGUUAGAGAUCAGUUAUCAGUUAUCAUGUAAUUUUCAUUUCUACAGUUUCUCAACAUGUAAGAUGACAGUUAUGCAUUAAGUAUGUGAGGCUACAAGAAAUAAGAUUAGAAACAGGAAAUGAUGCGUUUAUAGACUGUUCAUGCUACAUAAUACGUAUAGAAAUAGUAGUAUGAGCAAUGCAAGUAUGCAAACCUAGCAUGUAUUCAUAGAACACAGACUGAAAAUUUAUGUCUGGAGUCAAUGGCAUCAAAAACGCCCCAUAAUGCUUUGUGCCUUGUCGUUUCCAUAGAAAUGACCUGGUCAGGGGACAUUUUUUACAUGCACAUGUGCACAUAAUGGACAGCAGAGAGAAGAGAGAGAAGCAGCGGCCCACAGGGCAAACUGAAAGUCAAAUGUACAUUCAAUGUGAUGCUUUUAGGUACAUCUAGCUAAAACUAGUUGUAGUCUACCAUCAGUGAUAUAACUGGGAUGGACAAAAUAUUAGAAACACCUGUCAGUGUAAAACAAUACAGUUCAACAGCACCACAAACUACAACCUCCAAAGAUUACCAUACAGUUGAAUCAACAGCUUUUUCACCACAAACUGUACAUUAUAACCUUCAUCAAGGUAGGACUUAGUGCAGAGAUGUUGCUGUAGACUGAAUUAGCUUUAGCUGGAUGUACCUAAUAAACUUGCAACUGACUGUGUGUUUUUAACAGUUUCGAAAUAAAAUACCUUCUAGCAAAAGAGCCACAUCAGAAAGCAACAGUUUUACCUUCAGUGUUAUGAACUUUGACAUUAAACAUAUACAGUGAAAAGUAUUUGCUAAUAUCAUGUAGUGUUCAGUUUAUACUUCUACAGUUCUUACUUCAAGUGUAAUGUAUGAACAUUUGUCCCAGCAUCCACACUUUUAGGCUGUGGACAACCCAGUGCUUGUGUUUUUAAUGUCUCCCAGUCACUGUUUAGUGUCAAAGGUAAUGUUAAAGCUGUCAGUGUGAAGAAAGCUUUUCAAAAACACACCGACAUGCUUGGUUUAAUGAGGUCUUCCCUCCUUUCUUUUCUUUUUUACACGUGUAAAACGUUAUGUCUGAUGUAAUGCAUAACCGAGGAACAGUGUUCAUCGCACUGAAAAUCCUUUUGAGAAUAUUACAAAUAAAGUGAUGUAGUUUAUUGCUGAAUGGUUUCUGUAUGAAUAACAUAUCUGUGGAAGAAAGAAGUUUGUUGUUUGGGAAAUAGAUUUUAUUUCAGAUUCAAUUGUGCCAAAGAAACAAUUUAGCGUUAUCCUGCAACUCAGUGAGCAUGGCAGUUUCAUUCAGAGAUUGACUAUUUUGAAUGAUGAAUUGUUAAUAAUAUGAUGUAGUUUUGGUAAAACUUCCAUUUUCCGAGGACAUGCUUGUUUGACAUUUUUAUAGCCUGAUAUAUUGUCAAGUAUCAGGCUAAAUAUUUCCUUAAUAAUUCCAUUGCUUUUGUAUUUGUCUUCAUAAAUAGAUAUUGAAAUGUUGAAUUUUCUGUAUGACUUGUUUGCUGAUUAUGAAAAUGAUUUCUAGUUUGGAUAGUAUAUUUGGAUUGGUUGUUGUUUGAUCUCCCUCCCAGUCUCAUCUUGUUGAGCUUAAAUGUUAUGGACCAUAUGGAUUUAAUCAGUUUUUUAGUUGUGGUUGCAGCCUGUGGCUCCAGUAUAAUGAUGUUGCUGUUGCAUAUUGUAAGUUUAAUACCCGAUGAAGGUUUGAACAUUGCUUUUUCAGUAAACUUAGCACUGACAGGUUGUGGGAGUUCACGACCGUCUUUUUUUAUCAUGUCAAAAAGUAUGUUUGAGAUUUUCAACAGUAUGCUCCCAGCAAAGAAAUAAAAACACACACUUUCCACAGUAA